AUGCUUCCUAAGCUCGCAAAAGCGUUCCGCAGCUCGGACGAGGAUCUUGAAAAGGCUCCUCAGGUGAACAAUGCCUCCGAGGUCAAUAGCAGCAAUGAUAUGUUCGAUAACUCCAGCGACGGUGCCGUGCCCGGCGAAAGCUUCGAAUACGGUAACUCGACCUACGCUAAGAUUCAACGCUUCGCCGGAAAGUUCAACAUUGAGCAACGUGGUGUGGAGCGAGUGCCGGAUAGCGAACGGAAUGAUACAUCGUAUCUAAAUAUUGGCAGCAUGUGGUUGGCCGCCAACAUGGUCGUCAGCUCCUUUGCCAUUGGUGUUCUUGGACAGUCUGCAUUCGGUCUCGGCUUUGUGGAUGCCAUCUUGGUGUGCCUCUUCUUCAACCUUCUUGGUGUCAUGACCGUGUGCUUCUUCUCGUGCUUCGGUCCGCAGUUUGGAUUGCGCCAGAUGGUGCUCUCUAGAUUCUGGUUUGGAUGGUGGGCUGUGAAAUUCAUUGCCAUCCUCAACGUGAUUGCCUGUGUCGGAUGGUCCGCGUCCAACGCCAUCGUCGGUGCUCAGCUUCUCAACGCCGUCAACGGCGACGUGCCUGGAUACGCCGGUAUUCUGAUCAUCACCUUCUGUACUCUAUUCAUCACAUUUGCUGGGUACAAGAUCGUUCACGUCUAUGAAUACUGGAGUUGGAUCCCAACCUGCAUUGUUUUCUUCUUUGUACUCGGUUGCUUUGCUCACUCGGGUGACUUCUACAACAUUCCUAUGAAAGUUGGUGUUUCUGAAAUGGGCUCCUGUCUUUCCUUUGGAUCUACCGUCUACGGCUUCGCUACUGGCUGGACCAGUUACGCCGCCGACUACACUGUUUACCAGCCCAAGACCCAGAGCCGCCGUCUGGUCUUUUUCUCUGCGUGGCUCGGUCUGAUCGUUCCUCUGAUCUUCACCCAAUUCUUGGGUAUCGCCGUGAUGACUGCCACCACAAUCAACGGUGGAGACAACAAGUAUGCCGUUGGAUACGCAGCCUCGGUCAACGGUGGUCUACUCGAUGCUGUGCUAUCGCCCCUGGGUGGUUUUGGCAAGUUCUGUCUCGUCAUCCUGGCUCUGUCCAUCAUUGCCAACAACUGCCCGAACAUUUACUCGGUUUCCUUGACCCUCCAGGUCUUGCACAAGUACACCCAGCGCGUGCCCCGAUUCAUUUGGACCUUCCUAGCCUCAUGUGUCUCCCUCGCCAUCGCCAUUCCUGGAUACUCCCAUUUCCAGACCGUCCUUGAAAACUUCAUGAACCUGAUCGCCUACUGGUUGGCCAUCUACUCCGCCAUUGCCAUCUCCGAUCACUUCAUCUUCCGUCGUGGGUUUGCCGGCUACCACCCGGAAGACUAUGACAAGCCCGAGAAGCUGCCUCUCGGAAUCGCUGCCUCUGUCGCAUUCUGCUGCGGUGUCGCAGGUGUUGUCGUAGGUAUGAGCCAAACAUGGUGGGAGGGUCCUAUCGCCCAACACGCCGGUAAUGGUGACGUCGGUUUCGAGCUUGGCUUUGCUUUCGCUUUUGCAUCAUAUUGUGUUCUGCGUCCGAUUGAGCUCCGUCGCUUUGGUCGGUAA